CGUGCGCUCUCGGAGAAACGCAGCUGCGCGAACUCGAGAACCGUUACAGGACGAUCGCACGUCGUCUCGCGAUUACGAAAUCGCGAGGAGUCCGCCGGCAGGUGCGACCAGGUACGACGCGAGGCCAACCGACGUGACCGGGGAAAAAACGGGACCGCGCUUUCCCCCGCCUUUGUCUCGACCACGCUUUUCCCGUCAUCGGUAAUGAAGGGUUAUGUGCGAACGCCUUCCCGCCAAAAACACUCGUCGAGAGUUCAUUAGUUCAACCUCGAGUCGCAUGGACGCGUUAUGUCCGUCCUAUCAGCACCUGUCAGUCACUUGCAGAAUGCGUAUUUGCCGUAUCGUCCUCCUUUUAUAUGUCUGGAGGCGGGAGCCACUAAUUAAUAAGAAGAAUAACUUGCAGAAUGCAGCUUUUGUAGCGGCGUAGUUAUCAGUCGCUGUUAGAGUCCAUUGUAGUAAUUUGCAGUCGCUCGAGAGACCGUAAAGUUAACGUUCCUAUAAUGGAAAUUAAUUCGCAGAAGAAAGGGUGUGUCACACUUGGCGGUUGCUUGCCAGCUACUUGAAGCGGCAGUGCCACGUUUCUCUGAAGUCUAUUGCAGCACAAUAGUUUUUCCCUGCAAGCCGGAUUGAGAAGAAUCAAACUUGAUUCAGUGAUUAGAUUUCGGCGAAGAUGGAAAGCGAGAAGUAUUCGACGGCCGAUCGUAAGCUGAAGACCUACUUGGCGUACAGUGCCGUCCUCCUCGUUUUCUUCGCCUUCGCCGUGUUCAAGGCGACAAAGGAUAGGACGAUUGUGUCGGUGAUCGCGACCACCCUCGUCGCGUCCGUCUUCCUCGUGAUCUUCCUGUUCUGCGACGUGAUCCUACGCCUGUGUCAGAUGCUGGUCUCGUUCACCACUGAUGUGGGCCAGCAUUCCGAGGAGAGCUUCUGGUCAGUGGCGAAGUAUCACUUCUCUCUCAAUACCUCGUCGGCGACGAUCAUCAUCGGUGCCUCAUUGCUGUUCCUUGGCUUGAGCAUCACCAUUCGCGGGUGCCCAUUGAGCUACGUCUGGAAUUUCGGACCCUACGUGUGCGUGCCACUGAUGAUAUUUUCCUUCUGCCUAAUCAGGAUGAGUAACCUGGCUGAAUGGGAGACAGGAUCGCUGUCUGAUCUCAGUGCUAUGAAGGGUCUGGAUUAUGGCACGGGUAUGGCAUAUAAUUUCUACUAUGGCUACCUGCAGCUUACUCUACCAUCCACUGAAACCGGCAGGAAGGGCAUAAUCGAGAAAAUCGAAAACUUCGAGGAUUAUCAUAAUGUAACAUUUCCGGUACACAAGCUAUUUCUUUUAAUACCAUCUUCCGGGUACAUCCCACCAGACUUAAAAGAAGCGUCCUGUCAGUGGAUGGAAAAUAUACACGAGCUGGAGGAGGAGAAACGCAACCGGGCUGGGAAUAUAGGCAGAACCUAUCGCAACAAUGCCUACAAGAUAUAUCCUGGAGGAAGAAAAUCGGGUAAUAAUCCGGUAUAUAUAGUGGUGGAAGGUGCGACACCUUUGUUAACAUACUACGAAGUACAGAAACACAAUCAUUCUGAAUCUGCUGUAUAUAAACGAUAUAAACGUAAAAUUAUCGAGAGAUUUUACACUAAACUGCAAGAAAUUUUGCAAAGCAACCUAGAAACCAGAGAUUUGUGUGAAUUAGUUUAUUAUGACGAUUUCGAUGCGAAAGGAAACAAAGUUAACAUUGCAAUAAUACUCUUGGAAAAAAUAUCAGAAAUAACAAAUUCUGCAUACAAGUAUUGAAAGAAAUUAGGCAACGUAUGUCCUAAAUUGUGAUAAAUUUUAUAAAUCUUUUUUUAUACAUUUGAUAAUGCAUUGCAUCAAUAUGUUUAUACCCUAUUCUACGUUUAUGUGUAUAAUGUAAAGACUGUUAUAA